AAAGGAUCGCAUGCAAACGGUUGUUGCGAAUCCCAUGACGGGCGCGAGUGAACCCUCGCACGUGAAAGGCGGUUGCGAUGGAUCAUGGCAGCUUGGAGUGAAGAAGAUCACACUGUCCGUUUCCAGAUCGAUCCAAGAAUGUGAUGUGUCCGUGGUGGAAUACGACCCGUUGGUGUUGCCCCGCCCACCGGGCGACGACGGAGCCAAAAUUGCAGCUCCACGAGCGGCGCAACCGAUCCCCGUUCCGCCAAAGACGAUUGUGCAGUACUCAACUUCUCGUGUAUCUUCGAACGACGUGGUCGCUUUGGAAGCGGGUGAAUUAGACCCCCUCAGUGCGCUCAUGGCAAACUUGGAUGCGGACAACACCCAAAAGGCUUCCUCUCCAGCCUGGACGUCUCCACAAAGCCCCGCCAGCAAACCCGUGACGUUGCCGCCGCUCGACCCGACGAACGAAUUCUUGGACGAAUGGACUAUCCAGAAAGACCUGCUCUUUCAAACGUUUGCCGCCGAGCGGUUCCACAUCACGAUCGAUGCUCACGACGAUGCCACGGAUAGCGACGUGAAGAAGAAAGUUGUGUACACGGAUGCCGACACCGCGAGCAGCACUUGUGUCAUCAAGCGGGCACGCGCGCGUCUUGAGCAGCUCGACAGCAAGGACGUUGUCGACGAACCCACCACCGUCCAAGUGUCCCAGAGCGAGUACAUCAGCCGCAUCAAGGCGCUGCAGCAGGACUUCCUCGAGGCGUGGCACGACGACCAGAAGGUUCUGGCGCUGCGCAUCACGAUCAAGUGCAUCAAGCUGUUGGGAGACACGACCUUUCCCAAGUUUUACCCGUGCAUGUUUGUGCUCGUGUGCGACGUAUUGGAUUGUUUCGGGGCGCACGUGUUCAACCGUAUCAAGGCCAAGGCGGAAGAGCACCAUGCGCUGCCUCAUGGGUUCACGUCGGGCGAUGUCGACAUCGAGGCCAAGGAGACGUGCCGCAACUGGUUUUACAAAACCGCUUGCAUUCGAGAGCUCUUGCCUCGGAUAUACACUGAAAUCGCGCUCCUGCGAUGCUAUCGAUUCCUGUGCGACGGCGAAUUCCCCCACAUUGUCGCGCGGUUGUCCAACAUGAUCAAAGGCGUCGGGGACGUGACCGUCGCGCUGUACGCGCGGACGUACUUGGCGCUGGCGAGCAGCCGCGUCCUGGUCGGUCACCACGCGUCGAACGUGAUGCUGCAGAGCAUGCAGGACUACAUGCGCAUCAUGCACCGAUUCGGGAUGGACAAGGCGGUACGGUUUUACACCGACACCGAGUCGACCGAGUCGGAGCUGCAUGCGAUCCAUGCCCCCGGCGUCCACUGGCUCAUGAAGAGCAUCGCGCUGGCGGCGACAGAGGUGCACGUGGACGCGUUGCUGCACCAGUACAAGCAAUUCGCCGAGAACAGCAUGGUGCUGGAACAAAUCGUGACGUCGUUUCCCGGCAAGUUGCUCGCGCCGCACACGAUGGAAUUGGUGCAACUGAUUCGUCAAACCAACCACAAGGAAGAGCUCUUUCGCUGCCUCUCGCUCAAGCUGGUCGAAGCGCCGCCGCCGGCCCAUGAAAAGCUCGUGUUUUUGAACGAAGUGUGGGGCACCAUUACGCGAUUGCUCGACAUUCACGCGUACCUCCGAUGCGCCGCUGCCUUUGUCGCGCUCCUCGUUACGCAUUAUUCGAGUCGCGAAGUUGUAAUCCUUCUCAAGGACGUCGUGCGCCAUCUCAAUGCGUCGGAAGCGAUGGACGCGGCCAUGUACCAAGCACUCGAGGACAUCAUGGAGGUGAUCAUCAUGGAAGCUCGCCGCCAGACGCACUACUUUACCACCAUUGUCCCGUCCUCCGAGUUCCUCACGCUUCUCGGGAUGUUCCAGCACUCCACCAACAUCACGCUGAGCAAGCGACUCUUGACAGCGUUUGUCCGAGGCCGCGACAAGGGGCUCCGCCUCGCCGUGGAAGGUCCACAUGCAUCGAUCGUCCACAUUUUGCUCAGCAUUUGCACACGCGUCCACGAUGCCCUCGACAGUUUGAGCACUUCGCUGGAAAUCCACGAAGCGUCGCAAGCGAUCUGCACGUUUGUGAAUUGCCUCGACAUGAGCGGUGUGCCCCACGAAGGCGAUGGCCUCUUGAACAUGUACGUCGAGUGCCGCCGGGUGUUUUACAAACUGGACCGCGUGAAAGCAUGCCUCGUGCGGCGCGUGCUGUGGCUGAGCGUCCUCGUUGACUGCCAUAUGCGGCGAUCGUUUGUCAAGGGCUGUCUGGCGUACUGCCAUAUCACGAUCCCGUCGCUCGUGGACGGCAUUGAAAAACUCAAGCUCAUGACGCUGUGUGCCAAGAUAGCGCUGGCCAGCCAGUGUCUGCCGCAAAUGGACGCGUUUGUGAAGGCAGCGAUCGUGCUCAUGACGGAGCUUCCGUCGGCCAAGGCCGCAGCACAAGCCGACUCUGACCAGGACGCACUGGCGGUCGACGUGUACGAGCAGCACGCGAUGCACGCAAUGACCGACCUUCUCUCGCUUCUCGUUGUCGUGCCAUCCACGGGGGAUCCGCUCUACUUUGUCAAUGGGUUUCGAAACGCCAUGUCCAAGUUCCCGUGGCUGCCGACCCUGGCCAACCACACGCGCAUGCUCGUGCACUUGGUCCCGUUCCUGGCUGCGUGGGUGCCCGACCAAGAGCUCCCGUACGCAAUCGGUCAUGUGCCUGCAAACGACGUCCUGUUUGGCGGCAGUGCGGCCCUCGCGACGGCCCUCGCAGACAUGCUCACGAGCGUGAUUGAGGAAAUACUCGACCAGCUCCAUGGCCUCGUUCAAGACCCCCAACAACGCGACCAUCGCAAUCGGGUCAACCUCCAGAGCGAUAUCCUCUUGGACUUGAUCAAUACCCUUGUUACAUCCGUUGAACUCAACGCGCAUGCAGCCAGUCGACUCGUGAACUUCAUGACGGGUCUUGUCGCGCACCACGCCCUUCUCCACGGUACCUCGCCACUCGUCGACGGUCGCGCCAUGCUCGAACCUGACGACUAUGGAACAGACGACAUCAAAACGUACUGGCGCAACACAAAGGCAUUCAUUGUCUGUGGUGCAGAUCACCCACCGUCCACCCUCGGCCCGCGGCAAGUCGCGCCGUGGCACCAUGUCGCGCACAGCCUGCAUUCGGUUCAGAUGUUGUGAUUGGAAAGAACAAACUCCAUUUGGAUGUGAAACACUAAUUCCAGGGUUUUCGUGAAACGAUCGGUAACGAAAUAAUGUGAGCUUUUCCACACUAAUUAAAG